UAACCAUCAUCAUCAUCAUCGUCGUCGUCGUGGUGCUUUUUGGGGGAGCUGGGGCGGGGGGCGUCACCAUGGAAACAGAGUCCGACCCAGAAAAAGCCCAGGAGUUGUUUGACGAGUUUGUGUCAGCGUCCACCUGCAGGGCGGCGCUGCGUUCCUUCAGCCAGCUUUGCGAGCAUCUGGAUCUGGAUCCGGAUCCGGAUCACGCCGGCGGCCAGGCCGAACGACCGCUUUACCGGAUCAUCAAGCGGCGCCUCAGCUACUGGAAGGCCAACGCUCUGUGGGCCAAACUGGACCGUCGGGCUUCUCGGCAGGAAUACCUGCAGAACCGCGCCUGCCGCAACGCCACGUGCGCCGUGAUUGGGGCGGGGCCGUGCGGCCUGCGUGUGGCGGUGGAGUUGAGCUUCCUGGGGGCCCGCGUGGUGGUCCUGGAGAAGCGCGACUCCUUCUCCAGGAACAACGUGCUCCACCUGUGGCCCUUCACCAUCCACGACCUGCGCGGACUCGGCGCCAAGAAAUUCUACGGAAAGUUCUGCGCCGGCUCCAUCGACCACAUCAGUAUUCGGCAGCUUCAGUUGGUUCUGCUCAAGGUGGCGCUACUGGUCGGCGUGGAAGUUCACGUCAACGUGGAGUUCAAGCGUGUGGUGCAGCCGCCUCCUGACCAACAACAACCCAAGGCGGGGUGGACGAUAGAGGCGUGGCCAAAGUCUCACGUGGCCAAUCGGCUGCAGUACGACGUCAUUGUGGGAGCAGAUGGUCACAGGAACACCUUGCCCGGUUUUCGGCGGAAAGAGUUCCGCGGCAAGCUGGCUAUCGCCAUCACGGCAAAUUUUAAAAACCUAAACACUCGCGCCGAAGCCAAAGUGGAGGAGAUCAGUGGCGUGGCGUCCAUCUUCAACCAGAAGUUCUUCCAGGACCUCCGACAGGAAACCGGCGUCGACCUGGAGAACGUGGUGUACUACAAAGACGACACCCACUACUUUGUGAUGACUGCCAAGAAGCGCAGCCUGUUGGACAAGCGAGUCAUUUUACAGGACUUUGCGGACACGGAGCUGCUUCUGUCUCGGGCUAACGUGGACCAGAAGGCGUUACGGGCCUUCGCCCGCACGGCCGCCGACUUUUGCACAAACGGGCAGCUUCCUUCCCUGGACUUUGCCGUCAACCACUACGGCCAACCGGACGUGGCCAUGUUUGACUUCACGUGCAUGUACGCGUCGGAGAACGCCGCCAUGGUCUGGAGGCGCCACGGGCACCAGCUGCUUGUUACGCUGGUGGGGGACAGCUUGUUGGAGCCUUUCUGGCCGAUGGGAACGGGCGUCGCUCGCGGCUUCCUGGCCGCGCUCGACGCGGCUUGGAUGAUUCGUCGAUGGUGCCGAGGGGAUUUAGUUCUGGACCUCCUCGCUGAGAGAGAGAGCGUCUACCGUUUGUUGGCUCAGACCACGCCGGAGAACAUGCAGAAGAACUUUGCGGUGUACUCUUUGGACCCGUCCAGUCGCUACGUCAACGUCUGUCUGAGCGUCACACCCGAGCAGGUCCGACACUUGGUGGUCGACGUGGGGGAGGAGGCGGGGCGAGACCCAGAGACGCUUGGCGUCGUGGAAGCGUCGCCGUGGACGCCAGAUUCGCUGUCCGAGUCCAAUCAGCUUCUGCGGUGGUGUCGGGAGCAGACCCGAGGUUACCGCGGCGUUGCCGUGAGCGACCUGACGACGUCGUGGAGGAGCGGCGUGGCUCUGUGUGCCCUUGUUCACCGCUACAGACCCGAACUCAUAGACUUUGACUCGCUCGACCCGGCGUCGGAGGAAGAAAACCUCCGACUGGCCUUUGACCUGUGCGAGCGGGAAUUUGGGAUUCCUCCUCUCAUGACGGCGGAAGAGAUGACGUCGGCGGCGGAACCGGACCCGCUGUCCAUGGUCAUGUACCUCAGCCAGUUCUACCAGCUGCUCCGAGAUGCUCCGCCCUGGACGGUACCGCAGUGGUCCAGUGUGCCACCUUCAGGGUCACUGUCCCACAGUUCAGAGGUCAGAGCGGCCCUGGUGACCCCGGCCUCCCUCCUCAGCAGACUUGGACUCGACCUGUCACGUCAUCAACGCUCCAAGGAGCCCACAGGCAGUCCGGACAAGAAGCAGAAGCGAGACGAGCGGCAGGUGACCACGGCGCAUCGAUUGAUUUGCGAUGACGGUGUCGCAAACGAGACUUCCUUUUUUGCCAAUCAGACUGGCGACGGCCUCGCGGCUCGGGCUCGGGCUCUGGCUCGGGCUCGGGCUCCCGGGUCCCGAGUGCAUUUGAUUGCUGACCUGCUGCAGAUCAAGUUGGGCCACAACGCUUCUUCUUCUUCUUCUUCUUCUUCUUCGUCUUCUGCCGCCGCCGCCGAGCUCUCACUGGAAGUGGACUCCCAGCUGGUUGCCGAGCGCGACGAGACGACCGCGUCUGUCAGCGACGUGUGCUUCUUCUGCAACGAGAAAGUUUACGUGAUGGAGCGUCUGAGCGCCGAAGGGCUUUUCUUCCAUCGGAGCUGCUUUGUGUGCCACGCGUGUCGCGGCACGCUCAGAAUCGCCGCGUACCGCUUCCACGCCGCCAGCGGAAAGUUUUCGUGCGCACAGAGCUGCGGCUCGUCCGCUCCUCGCAGUCCCUCGGCGCUCGGUAACAAUCGCGCGCCGUCGCGUCAGCAGCGGACAUCUUGCACGUCGCUGUCGUCUGGGGUCUCGUACGUCUCCGUGGCAACAGAGUCUCGCCGUUUAUCAGUUUUUUCCGUGAUGUCAGUGACCCGCGAGCGAGUCGAAUUGGAGAACGACAAAGGGGAGGCGGCGGAGAUCCCCGAGGAGAUCCUGACGGGUUUCAACCUGAGCGCCGAAAAGGACGUCCUGACUCGCAGUACUCAGACUGUGUUCACUUCUGAGCGUGAGGCGGGGACGCCGACUUCGGCCCGUCUGGCAUCCGAAGCGGCCCGGAAGGAGGCGCUGGUGGGCCGCGGGGGCGAGGAGGAGGAGAACGAGGAAGACGAAGAGGAGACGUGCAGCGAGGAAGACUUCGGCGACGACACGGGCGACGUCACGCCGCCGCUCGGCGAGCCUCUGCCCUUCCCAAACACGCCGUCCACCGCCUCCUUUGUCACCAAGGCUGACUCCGCCUCCUCCAUCUGUUCCACCUCCCCUUUGGAAAGGGGGGCUCCGUCCGCCGAGCCGCCUGUUGUCACGGAAACCCCGACGGCGGAAGGGGCCGGACCGGCUUCGGAAGACAACCGCUCUCCGGAGAAGGGGGCGGGGACCUGUGGCCCACAUCUCAAAGCCCCACCCUCCUGUCAAUCACACCGGGGAGGAGGGCCCAAGGCUCUGUGGAAGGCCGUGUUCUCCAGGAACAAGAGAAAAGGUACGACGCGACCGUGUCGCCGGUAUGCGCCGGUGGCGACUUCGUAGCUACGGCGGGUCUAGUUGAUGACGUCGCCGCUAUGACGAUUGUUUAAGCUG